AAUCACAUGCACACACGCACAAGAGACACGCAAAGGCAGAUACAGGUCUGACCCCAGCUUUUUUUUGUCUUGUAGUUUUGUGGGAGAAGAUUUACGCAAUUCUGUCUCAGUUUCACCUCGUGCAGCAACAGGAGGUCAGUGAGGGACGGAGCCUCAGGUGGACAGACGGGAGGUCAGUGAGGGACGGAGCCUCGGGUGGACAGACAGGAUGCAGAAAGCAGUGAGUCUGGUUUCUCUGCUGGUCCUGGGGUCAGUCUGGACCCUGGAGGGGGUCCACACACUCCCAGAAACUCCCCCCCUCCCACAGGAGGACUUCCAUCUGGACCAGUUCAUGGGGCGGUGGUUCGAGGUGGCAGUGGUCUCUACCUGUCCUCACUACAUGCAGCGCAAGAGGGGGAACCCCGUCAUCGUGGCACUGCAGCUGCAACAUGUUGCUCCUCAGGUCAACUUCACAAUGACGGCAGCUUCUGUCAGGAACGGCUCGUGUCAGCAGACGUCCACAGUUUAUGAUUUGACCGACACUCCAGGACGAUUCUUCCACCGUAUUCUCAGGUUUGAUGCUGAUGUUGAUUCCUUCGUGGUUGAAACCAACUACGAUGAGUUCGCAUUGAUGCUUCUGCUGAGCACAGAGAAACCAUCGGGAACUAAAACCACCAGCAUCAAACUUUACAGUCGGACUGUGGAUGUGACUCCUGCCGUGCUGCUCAACUACAAAACAUUGGUGAGACAACAUGGAAUGAGUGAUGAGGCCGUCAUCAUGAAUCACAAAAAAGAUGAGUGUGCUCCACGUGAGCUGGAGACAGAGCCCACUACUCAGCCUCAGAUUUCUGCUCCCAAGAAGUCCAAGAGAAAUGUGGUGCCGCCUGUGGACUCUCAUAAUAUCUGACCAUGGGAGAGAACCUUGUUUUUUAUUUUAGAAAACAAAUUCUGAUUAUGUACAAUUGUGGAGAGAGGCAUUGUGACUGUCUGUAUUCUAGACCCUUGAUUUUACGUUAAAAAUAUAUAACACAUUGCAUUUCUGUGGAAUUUGAGCAUAUUAAUAAAUGUUUGUUAAGUGAAGUCUCGUAGACCGACUGAAGAGGACGAUCAUCACACGAUCCUGAGGUCACACGAUCAAUGACUCAUCAAAUCAAAUCAACUGAGCAAGAAGAACAUUUUCUUUAAUUGAUUAAACACCUUUAUUCCAGAUUUCUUAUGGAUACAAAACGUUGGGUUUGUUCAAAUGAAUCUGUGAUGUAGCUGCUUUGCAAAAAAAGUGAUUCCGUUGAGUGCAACUGACCUUUCAGAUAAUACUGAAAAUGAAAUAAAUAAUAAACUACUGGAACAUCCCAUAACUUUCAAACAAUCAAGUUAAGAUGAACAAAACUUGAAAGAAAAUUGAAAAAUAAAUAUUCAUGCCUUUCUGCUGUGUAUUUUGACAUCAUGCCAUGUUGUAUGUCAGUGACAUCACUUUGUAAGUAUGUAUUCUAAAUAAAAGAACUGAAUCGAA